CUCCUAUCGUGUUUUUUUUCAGGCUUUACUUUCAGUCAGAUCAGAAAGUGAUGGUCUACUUUUGCAUACAUUCAGAUUCAGGCGUGUCCCGCCUUGGAAUGGAGACAACUAUUUUUUUUCCCUAUAAUCAACGGAGAAAGAGAGGGUGAAACCGUAAAGUAAGCAGCUGGUGGAGAUUCAAUACUCUUGGCAUCCUACUGAAUACUGCCAGUAUUUGCUUAUCACGUUCAUUCACACGGCGCGGACUCUGAGCCUUUGUCUUGUUUGGCCAAUGUCAUUAUACUGGAGGCUUUAGCGUCGUCUGUCAUGUACAGGUUGAAAUGUGUGCGCCUUGAAAACCAUGACACCACGGACAGGCCACCAGCACGAACUCUGAGGCUUUGUUUUGUUUUGCCCAAUAUCAUUAUACUGGACGCUUUAGCGUUGUUUGUCAUGUACAAGUUGAAAUGUGUGCUCCUUGAAAACCGUGACAUCACCGGCUGGCCACCAGCGCGGGAUCUGAAGCCGGGUAUUGAAGAGCAGGAACUGCAGCAGCUUGUUUCGCCCCUGAAUGGAUGCAAACUGCAGGAGCUCUGUACGGAUGAUGCCACGGGACUCCUAGCUGUUCCCAUCUGCAACCUCCUGUCUUCCUCCCUCACCGUCCUGGGCUUUUCUGUGAACCAAGAGAUGGAGUGCUUUACUAAGGAGCAAGAGGAUGCCCUUCAUCUGCUCGUCUCCCUCCAGAAACUGAUGUUUUACAACUUGAGCAAGCUUCAGAGCCUCCCUGCAGGGCUGCAAAAGCUCACCAACCUCAAGGAAUUAUCGGUCUACUCAUGCCCGGUUAUCCGGUCGCUACCAGAGGAUGGCCUCCCCAAAUCACUUCAAAAAUUAAUUGUCUGGAAUUGUGGCAGCGCGGAGCUAAAACAGCAGUGCAAAGGGUUAGUGGGAACCAUCCCAAAAAUCAUCCUGCAACUGGAAGACUUAUAAAAGGUCUUUGCCUUCGAGUUCCCGUGUACAUUGUUCUUCUUUCUUGCGGUUGGUGUACAUUCUUCUAGCUGUACAAUUGUCACAUAGAUGAAGGUCUUGUGGCCAGCUUCUUGUACAUAAAUCUGGU